AUAACUUGAUCAAAACCCCAUUCCGAACUCUAACAAAAAAUGGCAUCUUCCUCUUCUUCAUCAGCUGAAGCCAACCUAGCCACGGCCAAGACGGUCCUCUCGGCCGUGGCUUCCGUGGCUGCCACAGCAAUGCUAGCAAGGUCCAUAGCCCAAGACUUACUCCCCCAUGAGGUUCGGGACUACUUCUUCUACGGCAUCAGUAGCUUCUUUAGUCGCUUCUCUAACCAACUCACCAUGGUCAUCGACGAGUUCGAUGCCCUCGUCAGCAACCAGAUCUACGAGUCUGCCGAGGUCUACUUGGGAUCCAAAGUCUCUCCAAUGACUCACAGGCUCAAAGUAAGCAAGCCAGAGAAGGAGAAGAGCUUCACUAUCACUAUGGCAAGCAAUGAAGAGAUUGUGGACUUCUUCAAUGGUGUCAAGUUCAAGUGGGUCUUGGUCUCAAGGCAGGUUGAGAGCAAGGACUUCUACAACCCUCGUGACCUGAACUCGACUCUGAGGUCACAAGUAAGGUGCUUUGAGCUCAGCUUCCACAAGAAGCACUUGGACUUGGUUUUGGACUCUUAUUUCCCCCACAUUUUGGAAGAAGCAAAAUCCAUGAAGCAAGACAAGAAGACAAUCAAAAUCUUCACCAUGGAUCUUAACAAUCUCUACUGCAACUUGGCAGAUGCUUGGACUCCCACGAAUCUCGAUCACCCUGCAACCUUUGAGACCUUGGCUCUGGACUCAGAAAUUAAGAACUUCAUUCUUAAGGAUCUUGACAGGUUCAUCAAGAGGAAGGAGUACUAUAGGAAAGUUGGCAAGGCAUGGAAACGAGGGUACUUGAUCUAUGGACCGCCGGGAACUGGAAAAUCGAGCUUGAUUGCAGCAAUGGCUAAUUACUUGAACUUUGACAUCUAUGACUUGGAGCUCACGGGACUCAGGGCCGACUCUCAGCUUAGGAGGCUGCUCAUUUCAAUGGCGAAUAGGUCCAUUCUGGUUGUGGAAGAUAUUGAUUGCACCAUUGAAUUUCAAGAUCGAAUGGCCGAGUCAAAUAGACAAAACGGGUCCCCAAAUAACCAGGUGACACUCUCAGGAUUGCUCAAUUUCAUUGAUGGGUUGUGGUCGAGUUGUGGCGAUGAGAGGAUCAUAAUCUUCACAACUAAUCACAAAGAAAAGCUCGAUCCUGCACUCUUGCGCCCUGGUCGCAUGGACGUUCAUGUUAACAUGUCCUACUGCACUCCAACUGGAUUUAGGCUUCUUGCAGCCAAUUACCUCGGAAUCAAAGAACACUCACUGUUUGAGGCAAUUGAGAAACAAAUCAAAAACACUGAAGUAACGCCUGCGGAAGUAGCCGAGCAACUGAUACAGUGUGAUGAAUCCGACAAUGCGCUGCAAGGACUGAUUGAAUUUCUCAAAGUGAAGAAGAAGGAAAAUGAGGAAGCCAAGGUGAAGAAGAAGCAAGAAGAGCUAGAAGCCAAGGAAAAGGAAAAGGAAACCGCUGCUAAAGAAGCCGAGACUAAUAAGAAGGAUGAGAAACCAGAUGGUGAUGAGAAAAGUAACAAGAAAGUAGACAAUUGAUGAUGAUGAUGAAAAGAGUAACAAAAUAGUUUACAUUUUGCUGACGAUGAAAUCAAAUAAUAGAUAUCUAAUUAGAUUAUUAGCUAUAAUAGUUUGCAGAUCAAAGAUGAAAGUUUUGAUCACAUCU